AUGGCAGAGGAGAAUUACACCUUGGUGGCAGAGUUCAUUCUUGAGGGCCUGAGUGACCAUCGAGAGAUGAAGGCAGUCCUCUUUGUGGUGUUUCUAUUCAUCUACGUGAUUACCCUUUUGGGCAACAUGGGGAUAAUUGUAGUCAUCCGAGGUGAUCCCCGACUCCACACAUCUAUGUACUUUUUCCUUGGCAGCCUCUCUGUUGUUGACAUCUGCUUCUCUUCUGUCAUUGCUCCCAGGACUUUGGUGAACUUCCUAUCAGAGACGACAACCAUUUCCUUUGCUGGCUGCACGGGGCAAGCCUUCUUUUACAUUGUCUUUGUGACAACCGAAUGCUUUCUGUUGGCUGUAAUGGCAUAUGACCGAUACGUGGCUAUCUGUAACCCUCUUCUCUAUUCAGCCGUUAUGACUAGGAGGCGGUGUAUGCAGCUGGUGGUAGGGUCGUACCUGGGGGGUCUCGUGAACUCUGUCAUACAGAUGACCUUCAUCAUCAGGCUGCCCUUCUGCAACUCCAAUGUUAUCAACCACUUCUUCUGUGAUGUUCCUCCCCUCCUUGCUCUGUCCUGCACCAAGACGUACAUCAGCGAGAUGAUCCUCUUCUCCUUAGCCGGUGUUAUUGAGUUCAGCACCAUCUCCACCAUCCUGGUCUCUUAUGUUUUCAUCUCUGUUACCAUCCUGAGGAUCCGUUCAGCUGAAGGCAGACAGAAAGCCUUCUCUACCUGUGCUUCCCACCUGAUAGCUGUGAGCAUGUUAUAUGGGACAACAAUCUUCAUGUAUUUGCGUCCCAGCUCUAGCUACUCUCCGAACAGUGACAAAGUGGUCUCUAUCUUCUACACAGUGGUGAUUCCCAUGUUGAACCCCCUCGUCUACAGCCUGAGGAACAAGGAAGUGAAGGAUGCUCUGAGGAGAACAGCAGAAAGAAUUGCGUCGAACAGAAUGAACACAGUCAUGUAGGCACUGAAAAACUGCAAAUGCAGUGAGUAUAGCUUCACAAAGCGGGACUCAAAGCUGCUACUCACUGUAGCAGCUGAACUGUACCCUACAGGCAUGCCCUCAUUAAGAACUGACAGAGGAAUGCACAUAACGAAGAGUAACUGGGAAUUUUGCUCUGAGAGGCUGUGGAAUCUCCAUCCUUGGAGACAGUCAAAACUUAACGAGACAAGGCCUUGAGCAACCUGAUUUUGCUAUGAAGUCAGCCAUCCUGUGAGCAGGAGAUUGGA